CCAGAGAAGCUACUAGAAGCAGCUAGCGGAGGGUCCAAGCAAGUCCCAAAAACCUCCAUUGCCAUUUUCCGAUCGAAAUCCAACCUGUCCGUACAACAUCCGGAGGGGGAGAGAGAGAGACGAUGGAUGCUGCGAAGGUGAAUCAACUGAAGCUGUUCGUAGAGCAGUGCAAAGCCAAUCCGUCCAUACUAAAAGAUCCAUCCAUCUCCUUCUUCAGAGACUAUCUCGAGAGCCUCGGUGCCAAGCUUCCUCCUUCCGCUUUCAGUUCUGAAGAGUCGCCUCGAUCUCACGAUGCUAAGCCAAUGGUGGAUGAAAGUGAUGAUGAGAUGUGUGAUCUUGAUGAUGAGGAUUCUCAUGCUCACGGAACCACUAAUGCCGCAGAGGAACAUGACUCUGAUGGUGAUAUUGUUGAAUCUGAUAUUGAGCUUGAGGGCGACAUUGUAGAAGCUGACAAUGAUCCUCCACAGAAGAUGGGAGAUCCUUCUUCUGAGGUAACUGAAGAAAGCCGCGAUGCUUCUCAAGCAGCCAAAGGGAAAGCCAUGGAAGCUAUUUCACAAGGUAACUUAGAUGAGGCUAUUGAGCAUCUUACAGAAGCAAUUUUGCUCAACCCAACAUCGGCAAUUAUGUAUGCAACUAGAGCCAGUGUAUACAUCAAAAUGAAGAAGCCCAAUGCUGCAAUUCGAGAUGCAAAUGCAGCUUUAGAGAUCAACCCUGAUUCUGCAAAAGGCUAUAAAACCCGUGGCAUGGCCCUUGCAAUUCUUGGAAAGUGGGAAGAGGCUGCGAAGGAUCUGCAUCAAGCAUCGAAAAUUGAUUUUGACGAGGAGCUCGGUUCUGUACUUAAGAAGGUUGAACCCAAUGCACGCAAGAUCGAAGAUCAUCGUCGGAAGUAUGAACGUUUGCGGAAAGAGAGAGAAGAAAAGAAAAUUGAGCGCGAGAGGCAACGCCGCCGAGCUGAAGCUCAGGCUGCUUAUGAAAAGGCCAAAAAGCAAGAGCAGUCAUCUUCAAGUAGAGCAUCUGGAGGCAUGCCUGGUUCAUUCCCUGGGGGAAUGCCCGGAGGCUUCCCUGGUGGUAUGCCUGGUGGAAUGCCUGGAGGUUUCCCUGGCGCAUCAGGAGGACCAGGAAAUAUUGAUAUGAGCAAUAUUCUAAAUGACCCUGAAUUGAUGGCUGCAUUCAAAGAUCCAGAGGUUAUGGCAGCUCUUCAGGAUGUGAUGAAGAACCCUGCCAAUUUUGCAAAGCACCAAUCAAAUCCUAAGGUGGCCCCUAUCAUUACUAAGAUGAUGAGCAAAUUUGGAGGACCCAGGUAGCAGCAUCAAAGAUCAAGAGAUUAUGCUGGUGCCAGUUUAUUUAUGUUUGAGGUAGGUAGUUUGACAUGCGCAUUCACAUGAUUGGAAGUUGGUUUUCAUGGCUGCUACCCUUCUUUGUAUAAUUUGCAUGCAUGGACGGAACCAAGUAUAUGGCCACUUUUUCAAGGGUCUGGAUUUUAUUUAGAUGAAGCCUUCUUGAGUUCUAGGCCUACAGGUUGCUGUCGUUUGGAAUGAUGUGUUAUGUAAGCCCAGGGUAAAACUCAAAAUGUUGUCUGAUGCUAUGUCAAGAAUAAUUAUUACCA